CCUCCCCUACGCUCCUUUGGCCUGUGUCACAAAUGCCUCAGGUGUUUGCUUGGUCUCAGCCUCCUAUCUUUCUUCACCGGAGACUGUAGGCAAUUUGGAUUUCCCACCUACCACAGCUGGAGCCGCAGCUGCUAGGGGAGGAGAGGUGCCCCGGGAGAGCGUGCUCUCCCCCUCCCCUCACCCCGCUCCGCUCUCCCCCACAGCCUGGCGCCCGAGCCGAAGGGGUCAGGCUGCUGCAGCCGCAGCACCCUGCCCCCAGGAGGCCCCGGAAAGCUCCGGAGACGGAGAAGGGACUCUCGCAACUUGGAGCUGUUGGUGGGAGUCUCAAGCCAAGGGCUGCGGCUGCUUCCUGGUUUGAAGAGCGAAGAGGGAGGGAGAGAGAGCGCUAGACGGAGGAGGCGGGGGAAGGAGGAAAAGGAGGGGGAGGCGGAGGGAAGAAAGAAAUGCAUCGUGCAGGAGUCUAAACCGGACGGGCAGCUCUGGCUUUAGGGCGCUCUCGGGGCUCUACGGGAAAAGCACUUCUCCACCUGGGGAAGAGACCAGGGACCCGGGGCUGGAGGGAAAGCUUCGAGGCAGUGCCUCCGCCCUCGCUGGUGUUGCCCGACUCUUGUGCCCAGGCGGGACGUCCUCGCUAUUAUAGCUGGCUGCGGGGCUCCGCCGACUCGGCUCCCCUCCUUUCCAUCUUGGGAGGGAGGGGAGGUGAGGAGAAACAUCCUGGGAAAGGGGAAUAAUGACCUGGCCCGGGCCCACGGGGAACCGGCGCUGCUCUUCUCCGGAACUACUGCUGCCCGGGCGACUGCUGCUCCUGCUCGACUGAGCCCAGACGUGCCUUUUCCCCGGCACUCCCCGACUCCAGAGCCGGCACGGCCCCCCCAGGGUUGGGGAGGAGGCAUGUCGGGGACCAUGAAGUUCAAUGGCUAUGUGAGGGUGAGGAUCGGUGAGGCCGUGGGGUUGCAGCCCACUCGCUGGUCGUUGCGACACUCCCUUUUCAAGAAGGGUUACCAGCUGCUGGAUCCCUACCUGACCGUGAGCGUGGACCAGGUGCGCGUCGGCCAAACAAGCACCAAGCAGAAGACCAACAAGCCCACCUACAACGAGGAGUUCUGUACCAAUGUCACAGACGGCGGCCACAUGGAGCUAGCCGUCUUCCACGAGACCCCUCUUGGGUAUGACCACUUCGUGGCCAACUGUACUUUGCAAUUCCAAGAACUACUGCGCACUGCGGGCACCUCUGACACCUUUGAGGGUUGGGUGGAUCUGGAGCCAGAGGGGAAAGUUUUUGUGGUCAUAACUCUUACAGGAAGUUUUACUGAAGCAACUCUCCAGAGAGACAGAAUCUUCAAGCAUUUUACUCGGAAGCGCCAGAGGGCUAUGCGAAGACGAGUUCAUCAAAUUAAUGGGCAUAAGUUUAUGGCAACAUAUCUGAGACAACCUACCUACUGCUCACAUUGCAAGGAGUUCAUAUGGGGAUUAUUUGGGAAACAGGGCUAUCAGUGCCAAGUCUGCACCUGUGUUGUUCAUAAACGCUGCCAUCAUCUGAUAGUUACUGCCUGUACUUGCCAAAAUAUAAAUAAGGUGGACACAAAGAAUUCUGAACAGAGAUUUGGAAUCAACAUUCCCCACAAAUUCAGUGUUCACAACUACAAAGUGCCCACAUUCUGUGAUCACUGUGGCUCCCUGCUUUGGGGAAUAAUGAGACAAGGACUGCAGUGUAAAAUUUGUAAAAUGAAUGUACAUAAAAGAUGCCAGGCGAAUGUGGCACCUAACUGUGGGGUGAAUGCAGUAGAGUUGGCAAAGACCUUGGCAGGAAUGGGUCUUCAACCUGGAAAUAUUUCUCCAGCUUCGAAGCUAAUUUCCAGGUCACCGCUGAAGCGACAAGGAAAAGAAAGUAUAAAAGAAGGCAAUGGCUUUGGUGUAUCCUCUUCUAACCGACUUGGUAUUGAAGAUUUUGAGUUCAUCCGAAUGUUGGGGAAGGGCAGUUUUGGAAAGGUGAUGCUGGCCAGAAUAAAAGAGACUGGCAAUCUCUAUGCUGUGAAAGUACUGAAGAAGGAUGUGAUCCUCCAGGAUGAUGAUGUCGAAUGUACAAUGACAGAGAAGAGGAUCCUGGCCCUGGCCCGAAACCACCCCUUCCUUACCCAGUUAUUCUGCUGCUUUCAGACCCCUGAUCGCCUAUUUUUUGUGAUGGAGUUUGUGAAUGGAGGUGACUUGAUGUUCCACAUCCAGAAAUCCCGGCGUUUUGAUGAAGCACGAGCUCGCUUCUAUGCUGCAGAAAUAAUUUCUGCCCUUAUGUUUCUACAUGAGAAAGGGAUCAUUUACAGAGAUCUGAAACUAGAUAAUGUAUUGUUGGACCAUGAGGGUCAUUGUAAGUUAGCUGACUUUGGAAUGUGCAAGGAAGGGAUCUGUGAUGGCAUCACCACUGCAACAUUCUGUGGUACACCUGACUACAUUGCCCCAGAGAUUCUCCAGGAAAUGCUUUAUGGUCCUGCUGUGGAUUGGUGGGCAAUGGGAGUGCUGCUUUAUGAGAUGCUAUGUGGCCAUGCUCCCUUUGAAGCUGAAAAUGAAGAUGAUCUUUUUGAAGCCAUAUUGAAUGAUGAAGUUGUUUACCCUACAUGGCUCCAUGAGGAUGCCACGGGAAUCUUAAAAGCUUUCAUGACCAAGAACCCCAACAUGCGGUUGGGAAGUGUGACUCAAGGUGGUGAGCAUACCAUCUUGAGACAUCCAUUCUUUAAAGAAAUUGACUGGAUCCAGCUGAACCAACGCCAACUAGAACCACCCUUCAGACCCAGAAUUAAAUCCCGAGAGGAUGUCAGUAAUUUUGAUCCUGACUUUAUAAGAGAAGAGCCAGUUUUAACUCCGAUUGAUGAGGGACAUCUUCCUAUGAUUAACCAGGAAGAAUUUAGAAACUUUUCCUAUGUUUCUCCAGAACUGCAAUCAUAGCCUUAAGGGAAAAGAUGUAAAAGAUGACAGAUUUUUCCAGGAAUUUCCUUCUUAAGAAAUAUUUAGCCAUAGCCUUAUUUUAUAGCUAUUACCUUAAUGUGAAGAAUGUACAGAAGAAGAAGAAGAAAAAAGGACACUGAGGAAUGUGUGCAGCACUGUCUAUGACGUCAAAUCUGUAUAGCACUGGAAUGACUGUGGUACUCAUUUAAACAGAUGAUGCAGAAAUCAGACUAAGCUCUGAAGAACUGGGCUCAGGAAUAGAGUGCCCAAGGGAAAUAAGCAAUAACAAAAAGGAAGGAGCAAGACCUACAAAGAGCAUGAGCUGAGUAUCUUAGCAUUUCUGAGCCAAACAGACAUUUUACAUUGAGAUGGCAGUGGCAAAACAACCUGGCACUGCCUGCAUUUCAGACCAAUGGAAUCAGCACCAGGUGGCAACUUGGGAAAAUUCAGGGAGAAAUUAAAAAAAAAAAGGCUCUUACCUGCUGAUGAAGAAUUUGAUGCUCUUCUCUUCCAAUGGACUAAAUGGCUUUCUUUCUGACUACAGAGCUACCAUGUAAAAUACUUUACUGUGCUGAAGUAUAGCAAAUAAAAGCAAAAACCCAAUGAAGCAACAAAGAGGAAACAAACACUUCACCCUUAUUACUGUACUAGCGAAAACAAGGUUCUAUUAAUUGUUCUAUUUGUGAAAUAUGAGAUUUUUGUCUGCAUUCUAUGAAAUGCCUUUAAAUGAAUAAUGCAUUCUUAUCCUGAAUCCAGCUUUGUUUGCAUGCCCACUCUUUGCCCCUGGAAGGAUCGGGCUCUCUUCAAAAUAGGACAAGCAUUAGGGAAGGGAGCUCAGCUUUGGCAGGUGCAUGCAAACAAAGAAAUUAGUCUACUUACCUGGCUGUAAAAACAUGUUUGUGUCCACGAGUGAGGGUGGAUUAUGUGUGCAAUGGACCGACCUAUACUGUUAGUGCUACUUAUUCGUUUGUUGUUUAUUUAAAUUAUAGUUUCAGAGGAGAUCUUGAGAUGUGCAUUCAGACUAAAUAGGCCAUUACCGUUUAAAUAAAGAGAUGCUGGAAAUAUUUGUGAG